AUGAUGACGGAUGCUAGACUCGCCCCUCGCGAACCCAGCAUCACGGGGUUGAAGCUGGAGAUUAACGAAGACAGGGAUACACUCAACGCGGUCACAGCAGAUACAGAUACAGCACUCGUUUCCCAUGAGCCCAGCGUUACGAGCUUGAAGCCGGAGAUUGACGACAACGACGAAGGCUUACCCGACGCUGCCACAGCAGAGACGACACUCACCUCCCGUGAGCCCAGCGUUGCGGGCAUCGAUUUGAAACAAGGCGUCGACCAAAAGCUACCCAAUGCCGACAUUCCAAAUGGAACACUCGUGCCUCGCGAGCUGACCAUCGCGAGCCUAGACCUCGGCAAAGAUGACCAAGAUUUCGCAGACGGCAUUGCGUGCGUACAAGCAUACUGGGAACAAGCAUCGCAAAUGGACGAAAACACGCAAGAACAGAUGAGGCACCUCAUCAUUACCAAGCAAUUUGCCCUCUCUUUAUCCGCACGCCAAACUAUCACUAAGCAUCGACUGUACCGUGGCCUGACCAGAAAGGAUGAGACAAACACAUGGCCCAUCUUCUUGAUGCUCAAGGCAAUGUACAAGAGCCUGCCACAGUCAUAUGUGCAUAAACUCCGCGCAAAGGGAUUUGUUGUCGAUACGGUGGACCAUACCAGCGAUUACAUGGCCGCAUAUCCCGACACCAUCCGACCCCGAGUCUUCGACACCGAUACAAGAAAGGGCAGGGAGUACAGGGGGAUGUGGCCAAGCCUGAAGAACACUCCCACCAUCUACCGCAAGUCGAGAGCCAGGAACGACAAACAGCCCGACAGCAAACAACCCAACGCAACUGCGACUGAAGCAACGGUGAAGACGAAGCCAGCGACAAUUGCGCCUCGAGACACAGCUUCGAAUCGCGCCACAUCGCCGCUUUUGAAGCCAGCAACGAUUGCCGCGUCAACUUGUUCGACUGCACGGCAAUCCGAUAGACGUGGUAAGAAACGUCCAGCGGCCGAUCCCACUGGCGAUAUCCCGACGAAGCGAUCUUCCACGCGAGAAGAUGAUUUCGAGUUCGACAGCGUCUUGAUGCAAAUGACUUUGCCAGGGGUUCCCAGCGGCUCGACGGCUAAAGUGGAUGUGGAAAAGGAAAUUGCCGACUUGAAAGAAGAGAUGGCCAAGAUGCGCCAACAGACGCACAUGUUUAUGAAGGUUACGGCGGACGUUGUCACCUCUAUGAAGACGGAGAUUGAAGACCUCAAGGAAGGAAUCAAGGCGCUGAAGAAGUAA